AUGCAGAACAUCAUGGAUGACAUGCCCAUCUACAUGUACUCCGUGUGCAAUGUUGUGGCUGGUGACCAGGACAACUGGCUCCGUACCAACUGGGUGUACCGCGGCGAGGCGGAACGCAUCUUCAUUGAGCUCAAGUUCACCGUGCGUGACUGCAACAGCUUCCCUGGUGGUGCCAGCUCCUGCAAGGAGACCUUCAACCUCUACUAUGCUGAAUCGGAUGUGGAUUAUGGCACCAACUUCCAGAAGCGCCAGUUCAACAAGAUUGACACUAUUGCUCCUGACGAGAUCACCGUCAGCAGUGACUUUGAGGCGCGCCAUGUGAAGUUGAACGUGGAGGAGCGCUCCGUGGGGCCACUCAGCCGCAAGGGCUUCUACCUGGCCUUCCAGGACAUUGGUGCCUGUGUGGCACUGCUCUCUGUCCGCGUCUACUACAAGAAAUGCCCUGAGCUGCUGCAGGGCCUGGCUCAGUUCCCUGAGACCAUCGCCGGCUCUGAUGCACCCUCCCUGGCCACCGUGGCUGGCACCUGUGUGGACCACGCUGUGGUGCCACCAGGGGGUGAAGAACCCCGUAUGCACUGUGCGGUAGAUGGCGAGUGGCUGGUGCCCAUUGGGCAGUGCUUGUGCCAGGCAGGCUACGAGAAGGUGGAGGACACCUGCCAGGCCUGCUCACCUGGAUUUUUCAAGUCUGAGGUAUCCGAGAGCCCCUGCUUGGAGUGCCCUGUGCACACCCUGCCGUCCCCUGAGGGUGCCACCAACUGCGAGUGUGAGGAAGGCUACUUCCGGGCCCCUCAGGACCCACUGUCAAUGCCCUGCACACGCCCACCCUCUGCCCCACACUACCUCACGGCUGUGGGCAUGGGUGCCAAAGUGGAGCUGCGCUGGACGCCCCCCCAGGACAGCGGGGGCCGUGAAGACAUCGUCUACAGUGUCACCUGCGAACAGUGCUGGCCCGAGUCCGGCGAGUGCGGGCCCUGCGAGGAGAGCGUGCGCUACUCGGAGCCACCGCACGCGCUGACCCGUACCAGCGUGACGGUCAGUGACCUGGAGCCCCACAUGAACUACACCUUCGCCGUGGAGGCCCGCAAUGGCGUCUCGGGCCUGGUGACCAGCCGCAGCUUCCGUACCGCCAGUGUCAGCAUCAACCAGACAGAGCCCCCCAAGGUGAGGCUGGAGGGCCGCAGCACCACCUCACUGAGUGUCUCCUGGAGCAUCCCCCUGCCGCAGCAGAGCCGUGUGUGGAAGUAUGAGGUCACCUACCGCAAGAAGGGGGACUCCAACAGCUACAACGUGCGCCGCACUGAGGCCUUCUCCGUGACACUCGACGACCUGGCUCCGGACACCAUCUACCUGGUGCAGGUGCAGGCGCUGACACAGGAGGGCCAGGGGGCCGGCAGCAAGGUGCAUGAGUUCCAGACACUGUCUACAGGAGCUGGCAAUAUGGCUGUGAUUGGUGGUGUGGCUGUCUGCGUUGUCUUGCUCCUGGCGCUGGCAGGAAUCGGCUUUUUCAUCCACCGCAGGAGGAAGAACUUACGAGCCCGCCAGUCCCCAGAGGAUGUUUACUUCUCCAAGUCAGAACAACUGAAGCCUCUGAAGACGUACGUGGACCCCCACACAUAUGAGGACCCCAACCAGGCAGUGCUCAAGUUCACUACUGAGAUCCAUCCAUCCUGUGUCACGCGGCAGAAGGUGAUAGGAGCAGGAGAGUUUGGGGAGGUGUACAAGGGGACGCUAAAGGCAUCCUCAGGGAAGAAAGAGGUGCCUGUGGCCAUCAAGACUCUGAAAGCUGGCUACACAGAGAAGCAGCGGGUGGACUUCCUCAGCGAGGCCAGCAUCAUGGGCCAGUUCAGCCACCACAACAUCAUCCGCCUGGAGGGCGUUGUCUCCAAAUGUGAGGCUCAGGGGACCCGGCCUGUGCUCUGGCAGGAGAAGGACGGGGAGUUCAGCGUGCUGCAGCUGGUGGGCAUGCUGCGGGGCAUCGCGGCCGGCAUGAAGUACCUGGCCAACAUGAACUACGUGCACCGUGACCUGGCCGCCCGCAACAUCCUUGUCAACAGCAACCUGGUCUGCAAGGUGUCUGACUUUGGCCUGUCCCGUGUGCUGGAGGAUGACCCCGAGGCCACCUACACCACCAGUGGCGGCAAGAUCCCGAUCCGCUGGACAGCCCCAGAGGCCAUUUCCUACCGCAAGUUUACCUCGGCCAGUGACGUGUGGAGCUACGGCAUUGUCAUGUGGGAGGUGAUGACGUACGGCGAGCGGCCCUACUGGGAACUGUCGAACCAUGAGGUGAUGAAAGCCAUCAAUGACGGCUUCCGGCUCCCCACGCCCAUGGACUGCCCCUCUGCCAUCUACCAGCUCAUGAUGCAGUGCUGGCAGCAGGAGCGCGCCCGCCGCCCCAAGUUCGCCGACAUUGUCAGCAUCCUCGACAAGCUCAUCCGAGCUCCUGACUCCCUCAAGACCCUGGCUGACUUUGACCCUCGGGUGUCCAUCCGGCUGCCCAGCACCAGCGGCUCGGAGGGGGUGCCCUUCCGCACAGUGUCUGAGUGGCUGGAGUCCAUCAAAAUGCAGCAGUACACAGAGCACUUCAUGGCGGCUGGCUACACCGCCAUUGAGAAGGUGGUGCAGAUGACCAGCGACGACAUCAAGAGGAUCGGGGUGCGGCUGCCUGGCCACCAGAAGCGCAUCGCCUACAGCCUGCUGGGACUCAAGGAUCAGGUGAACACAGUGGGGAUCCCCAUCUGAGCCCCGACAGGACCUUGCGCCCCUUCGGCCAAGAAUACUUGAAGAAACAGAGUGGCCUCCCUGCCAGCUCUGCGCUGGGGCACUGGGGACCUUAUUUAUUUCCACUCAUUCUCUAUUGAUGCCACCCUGAGGCCUCUACUGGGGGGUCUUGGACGACACCCUGGCCUGAACUGAGGAAAUGCUCAGGGAUCCUGGUCCAGGGCUCUGUUCCCCUACAAGGGACAGAUGGCUAAGCACUUAGCAGGCACCUCCAUGUUCCCAGCAUCCCCUGGGGCAGGAGCCCCGCCAAGCCUUUGGACAUACACGUGGAACAUUUCCAAAGUGACCACCACUUCGCCUUUUCCCACAAGAGGCCAUCUUGGGCGAGGGGGGUCAGCCCAUGGCCGCAUGAACAGGGUACCUCAAGCCCCACACCCUCACUAGAAGAGGGCAGACAGUGAACUUGGCUGGGUGAGACCCAAAGUGGCCCCGUCCCUCUGAUGCUUUUCUCAGACCCCCAGGCCCUGUCCUCGGCCCUACUAGGCCAAACUUCCUGGGGCCCUCACAGGAUGCUUGGUUGUGUUGAGGCAUUUUUAAAUAUAUAUUUUGUACUUUGUGGAGAGAAUGUGUGUGUGGCAGGGGGACCCCGCCAGGGCUGGGGACAGAGGCCUGCGUCAGACAUUCCCGGGCUGGGGACCGGUGCUGCAGGAGGUUCCUGCCCAUUUCCCGGUCCUCCCCAUCUCUCACCUCUUUAGACAUUUACUACUCUGUCAGUGUUAAUGAUUUGUUUUGUUGGGUAUUUUUUUUGAAACUUAAUUUAUUAUUAUUUUUUAUAUUUAUUGUUAGAAAAUGACUUAUUUCUGCUCUGAAUAAAGCUGCAGAUGGUUCAAAUUGA